AUGCCUGAGAGGCCACCUUUUCCAGGUCGUCCUGCCCAACCCCCCGGCCCUACCUAUCUGCAAUACUCGCCCGACGGUCAAAGAUUGAUCGUUGCUGGGAUCGGCAACUUUGCGCGCUCGUUCAGGACUGGCGACAACAGCGAACCUGACCUACUGCCCGAGACACGUGAGGAGACAUAUGCUGUUGCAUCAGGUAACGACUAUGUUAUACUUGGCUGCGAGGACGGCACCGUUUCCGAAUAUGCCGUGCCGUCGGGGGACCUGAAGCAACUUCUGGUCAGGACCACUCUUCCUAUCCGAGAUGUGGCUCUCUCCCCCGACGAAAACUGGGUUGCUGUCUCCAGCGAUGAACUUGAAAUCAAGAUUGUCAAUCGUCAUGAUAUCGAGCAGAUCACCAUAUUACGAGACCACCCGAAACCUAUAAAACAUUUAACGUACGACCCGUUCGGCAAAUACCUCGCUGCAUCCUGCACGAACGGGGUGAUCUACGUCUAUGCUUUGACCGCACCCGAACCGACGUUGUUCAGAACCAUUGACGGUGUUAUCAAGCGCCUCGAGACGGCAGAAUUUGCGACGUCCAGAUGCGUGUGGCAUCCAGAUGGACGAGCGUUUGCUUGUGCAACAGCCACGAGGGACAUCCAGGUCAUCUCCGUGGAAGACGGCGCCCACCAGCGAGUCUUUUCGGGCGCACAUCAUAACGAUAUCACAUCUCUGGCAUGGUCACACAAUGGAGCUAUGCUGGCCAGCUCCAGCGCCGACGACCAGCUUGUUAUCUGGAAAACCAAGACUCAAACUGUACUGAAACAGUUCAACUACGAGAAGAUCAUCAAUGUGACCUGGCAAAAUCAUGGCGAGAAUAUCUUCAAUUGGACGACUUCCCAAGGCGAAGUCUUCAUCAUCCCAGAUUUCCUCAAAGAUGAAGCACAUGUGAAGCUGCUGAAGGGCCCUAAAGUUCGAGCCCCGUUCUUCCACGAUCCUCUAGAAGAAAAGGCUGCUGCAGUCAAUGGCCGAAGACCAUUGAUCAAUGGCCAGGGCAAACAACGGGCCGGAACCCCGGAUAGUUUGGACGAGCUUCUGGGGCCCGAAGAGGAGUAUGACUGGAUCGAGGAUGACGACGGUGCAGGCUAUAUCAACGAAAACGGAAAACGUCCGAAUGGCCAUCUCGGGGAAGUCGUUGGUCACUUGCCCAAGAGAAAUAGACAAGAUGUCUGGCAACCUCAGGUGCAUGAACCGUUCCAACCGGGCGCCACGCCAUGGCGAGGGAAUCGCAAAUACCUCUGCUUGAACUUGAUCGGGUUUGUCUGGACGGUCGAUCAGGAUACUCACAAUACCGUUACUGUCGAGUUCUACGACCGAGAGCUAUACCGGGAUUUCCACUUCACAGACCCUUUCCGGUACGAUAUCGCUUGCUUGAACGAGUUCGGCACCUUGUUUGCAGCCCCUGCGAAAGACGGACAACCGGCAGUCAUAUUCUAUCGGCCGCACGAGACUUGGACGGCCCGCUCCGACUCUCGCAUCAUCCUGCCAGAUGGCGAAGAGGCUACAUGCAUUGCUCUCAGCGCCAGAUAUAUCGUGGCCGUGACCAACAGAAACUAUGUGCGGGUGUGGACCCUUUUCGGCACACCCGUGCGCAUGUGGCGUAUGAAGAGUACUCCGGCUGUCACAUGCGCGGCAUGGGGUGACUAUGUCAUGACUGUUGGGAAUGGACCGGUGGGCGCUGAUGGAUGCACCCAACUUAUGUACAGCAUUGACGACGUGAGACGGGACGAGAGUUUCCAGAACGAAGACAUUCUCGCCUUGGGGACCGUUCUUCCGGAUUCCCAGGACGAAGAGGUCACUUUGAAAGCGCUCUUCUGGAGUGAUGUCGGCGAUCCAUGCAUCUAUGACAGUAACGGCGUGCUGCUGACUCUGAUGCACUGGCGGACUCCAGGCCAAGGAAAAUGGGUGCCGCUGCUCGACACCAGGCUCCUGGACAGGUUGAAAGACGGCAAGAAGGAGGAGACUUACUGGCCCGUGGCGGUCGCGGCGGAGAGAUUCCACUGCAUCAUCCUGAAGGGCGGCGACCAAAGUCCAUAUUUCCCGCGACCACUGCUUUCUGAAUUCGACUUCCACAUGCCGGUGUCACGGCCAGUUGAGAGAGGAGAAGACGACGAGGAAGAAACCAACGCGGCGGCCGGGGUGAGACUGGAAGAGGCUUUCGUUCGGGCUUCUACGCUCCUUGGCCUGGUCGACGACUUGGUCCAGGGACUGGGCGAGAGGGCCAAACACUCCCAGAAAACUGAGGUCAUGAAGCGCGAGAUCGACGUGGACAAGAUCCUGCUGCAACUUCUGGCGGUGGAAUGUCGCGAGGGCGAGGACAGGGGUAUGAAGGCGCUGGAGAUUGUCGGACUGCUGAAAGAUCGGAGUGGGAAGAUGUUGGAGGCAGCAGCCAAGGUGGCUGGACGAUGGGGCAGAAAGGUGUUGGAGGACAAGAUCAGAGAGUUUGCAGAACGCAGGCUCAUGGGGCUCGAGGAGGAGUAA